AUGCUACCACUUAGUAAGAAUGGAUUGUAUACUAUGAUACCAUUCAUUUCUCAGCUAAUUUCGAAAAACAUACUGGGAAUUUUAGCGGAUUACCUUAAAAGGAAUGAAAUUAUUGGACAUACAAAAUGUGCUAAAAUCUUCCAGUCAGUCGGUUCAUUCGGAUCUGCAGCCGUGCUAAUAGCGCUUGCUACGCUACCAAGCUGUGAAAAUCCUUACCUCGCACUUCCGUUGCUUGGAUUAUACGGGACUUUUUUCUCUGCCGGUAUUUGUGGAUUUUUUACAUGUCUUUUGUGCAUAGCACCUCCGUUUUCUGGAACAGUCUCGUCGAUCGCAAUGAUAUUUGGUAUGCUGGGAAAUAUUAGCGGACCAUUGAUGUUGGGUUUAGUUUCCAAAAUGGGCUUCAGUAAUAAAUGGGUAAUCUCAUUCGUGAUCUGCAGUGGAUUCAGUUUUCUUGCAGGAGUAGUUUUUUUGAUAUUCGGAUCAGCGAAAGUGCAGCAGUGGGCAAAAGUGCAACCGCCUAAGUCUACUUCGGCUUAG